UGAACAAUUGAGAGAGUGCGCCCUCAAUGUCGUGUUCAUGUAAAAGUUAAAAACAUGGCGGCUAACAGCAGCACGUCGAAAGACGAAAUAAGCCAAAAUGAGGCCCAGUUUUCCUCUUUCAUGCAAGAGGUGAAGGCAAUUGAGAAACGAGAUGCAGUACUGACCCCAAAGCAACAAAUUGACCGACUUCUCCGUCCCGGCAGUACAUACUUCAAUCUCAACCCUUUUGAGGUCAUACAAGUACCACCAGAAAUGCCUCCGGAAGAAAUCAGAAAAAAGUUCAGGAGGUUAUCUAUUUUGGUACAUCCCGACAAAAAUGUGGACGACAGGGAACGGGCACAGAAAGCCUUUGAGAUUCUGAGUAAUGCCAUGAAGGACAUUGAAGACGAGGAAAAGAGGAAGAGUAUAUUGGCCAUCAUCCAAGAAGCCAAAGAGAAGAACGAGUUCUUGCUAGAGGAGAAGAGAAAGAAGAGGAAGAAGGAAGGACUAUCUACGGAGAUUGACGAAGAUGACCCCGAAAAGUUCAAAGAGACGUUGUACAAGACGACAGUCAAGCUCUUUGCCGACUACGAGAUUCGGCGGCGGGAGCUGGCUGAGCGAGAUGCGGUGCUGAGGAAACGGGAACGAGAGGAGGAGAUUGCCGCCGAGGAGAAGGCCAAGAAGCAGAAGGAAUGGGAGAAAGAAUGGGAGAAAAGUCGUGAUGAUCGCGUGGAGAGCUGGCGCGACUUCACCCAGGGAGGCAAGAAGAAGAAGGCCAAGACAAAGAACAGGAUGGCCUUCAAGCCUCCCAAACCCAAGCUGGAGCAGAGAUGAUGAACGGUCAAGUCGACGAUGUACAUAGACUUUGUAUACACAGGUACCCCCUAACUCAACCCAAUCAAAUCCAUGGGCUCAGUCUGACGGUGUUACGAUCGAGGUUUGCUUUCUUUGUCUCACCAUCAUCAGAUUAAAGUUUUUUACUCGCGAUGAUAGGGUCAAGGGUUUCAAAUCUAGUUUGUGGCCAUGUGUUUUGUCCUCGGGCAAUCCACUUUACCCCCACUUUCCGCCAGGGGAUUGACCUACGAUAGACUGGUUUCCAUCCAGGAGAAUACGUGAAUAUUCUCAUUUAUCUCAAGCCGAAGAAACGAGAGUUAAAAUGCUAGACCGACGAGCCAUUUGUGCUCAGGAUAGUGCUUACGUCAUUUCAAAACUUCCACAAAUUAGAGAAGCAAAAAUAUUGCCGUCUCUAAAAGUGGUCGUCAUCGCAGCAUCAUACAUAUGCCCAGAUAUGUUUUUUGGGAGGUAUGUACAUGUACCUUACCCUCAAAACCGGCUGACGGGCUGUUGUUGCUGUCUGUUGUAUACUUGUCCUGAGAGUUGAUUAUCGGUCAGCAUUAUUUAUCAUAUCUGACCAUGGCUGGCAACCGUUUGUUACAUUUCUGCCCAAGUCAGCACAGACUGUUCUGCAGUACCAUUGACUCUGGUACUCCUUGGAACGUCCCGGAUGUAAAUAUUGGAAACUGAGAGCCCUCCAAACGGCUGCGAUUAACAUGCUUUUCUACUGGGCCAAGUCAAAGAAAAAAAUCCACAGCUUUUUUUUAACCAUAGGGUAGUAAUGGAAUGAUGGCUGUAAUGCUCAGUACUUUCAGGCCCUAGGGGUGUAGCAUCGCCUUUUCCCAUGAUGCUAUAGAUGUCACAGCACAGAGAUCAAGGAUAUGAUAUCUGUCGGAAUGCGUAUUGUGACCUUCAGUUGUUACGGUUUGGCAGCUGUUUAAAAUAUAUGCAUUCUUUAUUUUUAUUAGGAAAUUUUCCACACAUUGUGCUUCUGCUUGAGUUUUUAUCUUCCCAAUGCUCACCACUCUGGGAAACUGUUGGAGCCGUUCGGUUUUUUUUAGAAUUAAUGUUGGAAGUAGGGCCUACAGUACCUAAUGGUAAUUUUUUUCACAAUCCGUAAGAUGUGCUGUCCACCAAAAAGGACUUUUAUGGCCAGUAUAUGAGCUCUGUCAAGGAUUUUUCACCACCAAAUACAUACAGCCUUUAACCAUUUAACGUACAAAUACAUAAGUUUCCUUAUUUGUUCAACUGAGGAUGUGUACACUCGUUUAAGAAUUCUUUUUUCAUUUCCGCUGUUGACAUAUUAGCGCGUUGUGCUUGGUUGGGUCAAAGCGCAACUGCAAGGUUGAGGAAUUUGCUGGUGAAAAACACCCAUCCCCGACAGCUUUUUGGGUAAGACACUCUGACGAUAAGUGGUUAAUAUCUUGGCAUUUUCAUAUCACGAUUAUCUAACAAGCAGUAUCCCAAAAGCUCUGCUUGACAACUCAGAUCCAGUUUCUAUAGUAUUUCACGUCUGUGAAUUUUCGUUGGGAGUUUGUCAAUAAUAAAAUAUCCCUUGGACAAGUAAAAAAAAAAAUCAGUAAAAUAAGACCUGAGGGUUAGUUUUAUAUUUCCUGUGUCUUUUGAUGCACUUGUAGCUAGUGUUAAAUGUUUUUGACUAAAAUGGUGAUUUUAAAGGGAGGUGAAAGUCAAUUUUAUGUAAUCUUUAGUUUGAGAAAGUUGCAGUAUUUCUGAUCUGAUCUGGGUUUGAUUUUUGAUACAAAGAGUCAACGUUAACCAGUAUUCUUAACAAUAUUUGUUAUGAUGAUGAAUAGUAAUAAGGCACAGAACAGUUAGUUGUAUUUGAUAUGCCAGUGUAAAACAACAUGACCAACACAGCAAAAAGAAAGAUUUAUGGGGUGAAUAUCUCCAAAGGUUUAUGAGGCUUUGGUAGUUUUGGAAGUCUGCUCUGUGAAAAUUAGACAUGCCAUAGUGUCAGGGCACUCUUUAGCGAUGCUUUGUUGUGUACUGAUGAUAACAGAGUGAAAGGAGCUCGGAAAUCUAGACUAGUUCUGAAAUGUUUCUUAGUGAAGUCUUGAUUUUAAGGUACUGUACAUGUAGCAGUGGGAACUUGUGUGAAGUGGGAGCGUUUGCUGCAGUUUUCGCCCUUUCCCCCAUGAAAUUAUCUUUCUUUGCUAACUUGUAUCUGCAGGCCUGCAGCUGUAGUGGAAGUUUUUCAGUCCACUGAAAGUGAUAGCUUUAUUACGAUUUGCAAAUUGUAUGUUUGAUUGCGCUCGUUUAAGAGUGCUGUAAGUUUGAUGUGAUUGCUAGCUAUUCUGGAGUCGUUUAGAGCAGGGAAAGGCGAGUAGGAACUUUCAGGCAACUUUUCGUUAAAAAAAAAGCAAAAAGACAAAAGGGUUUUUAUGUUCAGACUUUAGCAGAAUCAGUUUCCAAGAUCUAACAGUUUUUGUCCAUCUUGUGUCCCAGUUUGAAAGAAAUUGGUUUAUACUUCGUUGAAAUAAAAACAUUGAUACAGCUAUGGA